AGUUAACAGAGAAUACAAAAUAAAAUUGUGAAAACCUUAGCCAACUGUCAGCGCAACAUCAACAACGGCGGCAAAAUGCGCUUUGGCUUAAAGUUGAGCUGCUUUUGCCGUUGCUUUUUAUUAUGGCUAACAUGCAGUGGCAUCGGCGCUGGAGCCGGCGCCAGUGCGCAGCCAUCAUUAACCGAGAAAAUCCCAUUAGGCGCCAUCUUUGAACAGGGCACAGAUGAGGUGCAGUCGGCCUUCAAAUACGCCAUGCUCAAUCACAAUUUGAAUGUCUCCUCGCGCCGCUUCGAGCUGCAGGCCUACGUGGAUGUCAUCAAUACGGCGGAUGCCUUUAAAUUAUCGCGGCUAAUCUGCAAUCAAUUCUCACGCGGUGUUUACUCCAUGCUGGGCGCCGUCUCCCCCGACUCUUUCGAUACGCUACACUCGUAUUCAAAUACGUUUCAGAUGCCCUUUGUGACGCCCUGGUUUCCGGAGAAGGUGCUUACGCCAUCGUCUGGCUUUCUCGACUUUGCUCUCAGCAUGCGUCCGGAUUAUCAUCAGGCCAUCAUUGAUACAAUACAAUUUUAUGGCUGGCGCAAAAUAAUUUAUCUCUAUGAUUCGCACGAUGGUCUAUUGAGGCUGCAGCAAAUCUACCAAGGCCUGAAGCCCGGCAAUGAAUCCUUUCAAGUGGAGCUGGUCAAGCGCAUCUCGAAUGUCAGCAUGGCCAUUGAGUUCUUGCACACACUGGAGCAAAUCGGACGCUAUACCAACAAGCACAUCGUACUCGACUGCCCCACGGAAAUGGCCAAGCAAAUACUCAUCCAGCAUGUGCGCGACUUGCGUUUGGGCCGUCGCACCUAUCACUAUUUGCUGAGUGGUUUGGUCAUGGAUGAUCGCUGGGAGAGCGAGAUAAUCGAAUUCGGUGCCAUUAACAUCACGGGCUUUCGCAUCGUGGACACCAACAGGCGCCUGGUGCGCGAGUUCAGCGACAACUGGAAGCGGCUCGACCCACAAAUCAGCGUUGGCGCUGGCCGUGAAUCGAUUUCGGCCCAGGCAGCUCUCAUGUACGAUGCGGUGUUUGUGCUGGUCGAGGCGUUCAACAAAAUCCUGCGCAAGAAGCCGGAUCAAUUCCGCAACAAUGUGCAGCGACGCAGUCAGACGCUAAUGUCGGCAGCCCAGGCGGCCGCCUCAACCGGGAGCGAUGGCUACAACAGCAGCUACGGCAAUGGCGGCGGCGGCGGCGGCGGUGCCAACGGCAACAGUAACAGUAAUAACGGCAACGGCAACGGCAACAGCGAUGCAAGCUCCGGCUCAAUUGGCAUUGCACCGCGCGCGUUGGACUGUAACACCGCCAAGGGCUGGGUGAAUGCCUGGGAGCAUGGCGAUAAAAUAUCGCGUUAUUUGAGAAAGGUGGAAAUCGAGGGACUCACCGGGGACAUCAAAUUCAACGAUGACGGCAGGCGCGUCAAUUACACGCUGCACGUUGUCGAGAUGACAGUAAACAGCGCCAUGGUGAAGGUUGCCGAGUGGAAUGACGAUGGCGGUCUGCAGCCAUUGAAUGCGAAAUAUGUGCGCUUGCGUCCGCAUGUGGAGCUCGAAAAGAAUCGCACGUAUAUUGUGACAACGGUGCUGGAGGAGCCGUACAUAAUGCUGAAGCAGCCGGCGUUUGGGGAGCAGCUGCACGGCAAUGAGCGCUUCGAGGGCUAUUGCAAGGAUCUCGCCGAUUUGCUCUCGAAGGAGCUCGAACUUAAUUAUGAACUGCGCCUGGUCAAGGAUGGCAAUUACGGCUCCGAGAAUCCCGCGGCGCCAGCCGGCUGGGAUGGCAUGAUGGGCGAACUGGUGCGCAAGGAAGCGGAUAUUGCGAUUGCCGCCAUGACGAUUACCGCUGAACGUGAACGUGUCAUCGACUUUAGCAAGCCGUUCAUGUCGUUGGGCAUUUCCAUCAUGAUUAAGAAGCCAGUGAAGCAAACGCCCGGCGUGUUCAGCUUCAUGAAUCCUUUAUCACAGGAAAUUUGGGUGAGCGUCAUCUUCAGUUACAUUGGUGUCAGCAUAGUGCUGUUCUUUGUAUCGCGCUUCUCGCCACACGAAUGGCGCCCCGUGCAGCAUCAGCCACAGCAAAUGCAGCCGCUAGAUCCACAUGCACAUCACGAACAGCUUGCCAAUCAGCAGCCACCCGGCAUUAUUGGUGGCGCACCCGUGCCAGCCCCGCCUGGACCACCGACUCCGGGCGCCCAAAGUGCAGCUGGUGCGGCCGCACUGCAGGCUGCUCUCUCGGCCGGCAGCUUGGCAAGCGGCACAGCAGCAGCCGCAGCAGCUGCCGGCGGUGCGACUGUUAAUGAGUUUAGCAUGUUGAACGCGUUCUGGUAUUCGUUGGCCGCCUUCAUGCAGCAGGGCUGUGAUCUGUCGCCGCGUUCCGUUUCGGGACGCAUUGCUGCCGCCUCCUGGUUCUUCUUUACGCUCAUACUCAUCUCAUCGUAUACGGCAAAUUUGGCUGCGUUUCUCACAGUGGAGCGCAUGGCGACGCCGAUCAACUCAGCUGAGGACUUGGCCAUGCAAACGGAGGUGCAAUACGGCACCUUGUUACAUGGUAGCACCUGGGAUUUCUUUAAGCGCUCGACAAUUGGUCUGCAUCACAAAAUGUGGGAGUCCAUGAACUCGCGCAAGCACGUCUUUGUGAAUACCUAUGACGAGGGCAUAAAGCGAGUGCGCAACUCCAAGGGCAAGUAUGCGCUGCUGGUGGAGUCGCCCAAAAACGAAUAUGUAAAUGCACGCCAGCCCUGCGAUACGAUGAAAGUGGGCGCCAACUUGGAUACGAAGGGAUUUGGCAUUGCCACGCCGCUUGGCUCUGCACUCAAGGAUCCAAUUAAUCGGGCCGUGCUGGCGCUCAAGGAGAAUGGCGAGCUGAUUAGACUGCGCAACAAAUGGUGGUACGAAAAGGCCGAGUGCACGGCCAAUAAAGACGCUCAGGGGCACAACGAGCUGUCGCUAAGCAAUGUGGCCGGCAUCUUCUACAUUCUUAUCGGCGGUCUGCUGCUGGCCGUCAUUGUGGCCAUAAUUGAGUUCUGUUUCCGCAGCAAGACGCGCAAAGCCACGUCCAGCGCCGCUGGCAUGGGCAUGGGCGCGGCCAAGAGCAACGGCUCCAUGCUGCUCGGCGCACCCAGCGCUGUGCCCGGCGUGGUGGCGUCUACACAUCAAAGGAACGCAUUGGCGGACAGCAUGCAUGCGAAGGCUAAAUUGACUAUUCAAGCGAGUCGCGAUUAUGACAAUGGACGCGUGGGGUAUCUCAAUUGCGCCUCGUUGCAGUAUUACCCACCCGCACAGCUCUCGGCGGCGUCCAGCGACGGCGGCGAGGCGCUGCACAUGAACGCACACGGGCAGGUCUGACACGAGCACGCGCAGGAGUCGCGCCUCUGA